AUGUCCGACUCAGCAACGAUGGAAAACGUCGAGAGAAAGAUGGUAAGACACAUUUCGCGACAAUUGGAUCAAUUCCGAUCUUAGCUUCUUCUGAAAAUUGCGGAGAACGAAAGAUCGCGUUUCGAUGACGUCAUCACCGGCGCCGAAUCGGAUAACGGCUGGGAGGACUGCUGGAAAGAGACGGAGAACAGCGUGACGCAGACUGUCGACGAUCUCGACACAAAGAGAAGCGUGCCGUCCGAAUGGCUCGACGAGCAGCAGACGACCGUCACGAUGUCGUCGGCGACGUUCAACGAGAACGAGCUCUCGGCUCCGCGCAGUUACUACGAACUGCGGGACCUGAACCGGGAGCCCGUGGAGAGCACCGUCCGUCUGGCGCGUGUGCCGUCGCAGUACCAACUGGACGCGCUCUCCGAAAUGUUCAUUUUUGACGUGCCACAACACUACGCGUAAGACAUGAAUUUAAGGUGAUUCAAGAAGAAAGUAUAUUCCAGAAUCACGAAAGUGACAAACUGUCAGCCAGCGAGCAUCAACGUCGUCUCGAUGGACCAGGACCGUCCGAUCGUGAACGACGGCUCCACUCCGUACUUUGUAAACUCGGAGUACGUCUCCGAACUGCUCAUGUGA